UCGAAACAUUGAACUUUUUUGCCUAUAUAUGAGUGUGAAUUUAUUGCACGCGAUUUAAAGAAACAUUUGUUAAGAUUUUCACAUUUUAAGAGAUUAAUCCUUAAUAAAUAAGAAAAUAAACAUGUCUGCCAGCAGUAGCAACGAUAAAAGUGAACAAAUUGAUUUGGCAAAGCUAAGUCUGGAGCAAUUAAUGCAAAUCAGACAGGAAAUGGAAAAGGAAAUUAACAGCAUUCAGGAAUCAUUACAAACCCUUUAUAGCUGUAAAGCGAAAUAUGCCAGCUCAAAGGAAGCGCUAGAAUCAUUCCAGCCAGAAUGGCAGAAUCGUCAAGUUUUAGUGCCACUAACAAGUAGCAUGUAUGUGCCAGGGCGUAUUAAGGAUCUGGACAACUUCGUAAUUGAUGUUGGCACCGGUUACUACGUAGAGAAGAAUUUGGAAAGCUCAAAGGAUUAUUUUAUGCGUCGUGUUGAUUAUGUGCAAGAACAAAUUGAGAAAAUCGAAAAAAUUCAAAUACAAAAAAGUCGAUUCCUUAAUGCUGUAGCUGGUGUUAUGGAGAUAAAACAGCUCGCACUAUCGAAACAAAUGCAACAACAACAAGCUGCAUAAAAAUUCUAUGAAAUGACAAAUAGCAAUCUCGGAAAACAUUUUUCUCUAAUUAUUUACAAUCUAGCUAUUUGUGCUUAAACUUUCGCACAUUUCAUAAAAAGAUUGGUUUCAUAAGGAAACUAUGACAUAAUUAGAAGGAUCACUUGGAAAUAAAUGUUAAUGAAGAUUGAAACAUCAAUUAUCAUAAA